GCUGGGUCUGCCGGAAGCGGAAAUAACCGGAUCCUCUCUCCCUCCAUAUACCGCCCCCUGUUCCCACCGGCCCCGACUCUGAUCGCUGCUGUUACGCUUGCUGUGAUGCCCAAGAGGGGAAAGCAGCGGCCACCGGACCCCGAGGAGAGUGGGGAUGAGGAGAGUGGGAGCCCCGCUGGUCCACCCAGCCUCCUGGGCCCUCCCCCCAUAGCCAAUGGGAAGUUUGGUGGCCCUGAUCCAGGCUUCCACAGAGGCCCUCAGGGCUUAAGGGGACCAGUGAUUCCACCACUCCUGAGCCUCCCACUUCCUUUCUGGGGAGGAUGCCCAAUGAGGGGGGGCCCAGGACCCAGGCCUCGACCAUACCUACAUGGCCGUUGGGCCUAUGAGGAUCCAGAGCCUAGGUGGGGAGCAGGCUAUGGGGACCAUGCCAGGAAUGGUCCUCCCAAUGGAUGGAGAAACCUGGGAGGGGGCAGUAGUCACCAUCCAUCUAAGAACAUCCCAUGGCCUAAGAAUGCCCCUCAGUUCAAGGAUGGAGUCCAGGAAGGUGAUAGAACAGAUAAGUCCAACCGCCCUGUCUGCAGACACUUCUCAAAGGGCCACUGUCGCUAUGAGGAUCUUUGUGCCUUUUACCACCCAGGGGUGAAUGGACCUCCGUUGUAAAACUGUGCCUUCCACCAGUCAGGCUCCAGUGGACCUUUUCUAUCCUGGAAGCCCAUUGCCCUGUUGUUCUUUGUUGGCUUCUCUGAGGGGUUUCUGCCCAACACCUCUGGCCAAGGAAGGAAGCUGGGCCUGAUCCUCUCCCUCCCCUACCUGGGGCUCUGGGAGGAUGGGUGGGGAGGAGGAGUGUCAGAGGAGGUUUUUUAAAAAAUGUUUUAUUGAUACUUUUGGUUUUUACGCCACCAUCACUCUCCAGUAACACCCUCCCCCAACCCUGUCUUGUAACAAAGAAAAUCACUCACACAAACUAUCAAAUGGACCACAUCCCACAGCAUAUGCAGCAUUCCACAUGAGUAGUGGUCUGAUAGGUUUUUCAGUCAUUGAUAUGCAUCAUCUGCCUUUUUCUCUGUUAGAGAUGGGGGGUGGGGGGGUGUUGUAAUUUCUUUCCCAAUAAGUGACUUUCCCCGAUAAGUUGUAAUGGAAACCUAAUUGGUGCUGUUCACCCACAAUUUGCCCCCUUCAAGUAUUACUUGUGGUUCUUGUGAGACCUGUGGUUCUUGUGAGCCUUGGAUAGUUUUGAAAAAGGACACCAUCUUGAUUCCAUUUUUGUCUGUUAAUGGUGCCCUCCAACCCCUCCCUCACCUUCAGCAAUAGGAGAGCUGAGAAAUGCCCUUUAGCAAGAUACCCUGUGGUUCACCUGAUUUCCCCCUCUCCCCAAGUCAUUCUGAGUGUGAAAUAGUGAGUGGUCCCUUAGCUGACUCCCAACUUUGCUUCUCUCCCUCCCCUUUCUCUACCUCCUGUAGGUUGGAUUCUGUGAAUCUCCACCCAGUAUAGAUCUCUGGGCAAUGAAAUUCCCCUUUCUCACUGGGUGGAGCUUAGAUGAUACUACUGCCUUCUACCCUUUUCCUUACCUUUACCCCAGUGUAGGUUUUCUGUGAAAACAGAUUAAGUUUUGUGAGUAGGGCCUGGAGAAAGAUUAGGGAAUGUGGGGAAAGGGAGGGACUGGAGCCAUGACUGGUUGAAGAGUCUUUGUUUUAGCUUUUUUUUUUUUAAGUAAUAAACUCAGAGGAAACAUUUUAUUUAAUCCUGGUAUUCCUGUAGUUUUUGUGUAUGAGGAUCAUAGUGUAUUCUAGAAUAGGCUAAAAUACAAACUUCUCUGUCCGGCACUUAAAUGUCUGUACUCUGGCUCCAGCCUAUUUUUUUCAGGCAUAUUUCCCAUUACUUUUUAUGCACUCUUAGGUUUCAUCCCCAACUGGCCUAUUUGCUGGACAUUACAUUACAUUUCCUGCUUCUGUACCUUAUCCCCAUGCCUGGAACGCUCAUCCUCCUCACCUUUACUUCCUGGAAUCCCUAACUCUUAAAGGCUCAGCUCCCAUGAAACACCUACACGAGUCUUUUCCUGAUCUCCCCAGUCGUUGGACUCCAUCCUGAUUCCUUUGUAUAUACUUACCUAUAUUCAUGUUGUAUCUUUCCUUUUCCCCUGUAGUAGAAUGUAAGCUCAAGGGCAGAGACUUGUUUUUGUCCCAGUGUGUCCCUGUUGCUGAGUACGUUGCCUUGCACGUAGGAGGCACUUAAUAAAUUCUUGAUUUGAAUUAUAUUGAA